UCCCUCGCCUAUAAAUCCCCAUUACCGCUGCCCCAAAUAUCCACACAGAAAUUCCAAAUCACUCAAGAACACACAAAAGCUCUCAGAAUCAAACAUUCCCCAAGCCACGAAGAGAACAAUGGAUUUCAGAAUCAUGGGUCUGGAUGCUCCAAUCUUGACAGCAUUGCAGCACUUGGCAGAUCUUCCUGAGGAUGCCGAGAAGACCUUCAACGCGCCGACCCGUACCUACGUCCGCGACGCCAAGGCCAUGGCUGCAACUCCGGCCGAUGUGAAGGAGUACCCGAAUUCCUAUGUGUUUGUGAUCGACAUGCCGGGGCUCAAGUCAGGGGACAUCAAGGUGCAGGUGGAGGAUGACAAUGUGCUUGUGAUCAGCGGAGAGAGGAAGAGGGAGGACGAGAAAGAGGGGGCUAAGUAUGUGAGGAUGGAGAGGAGGGUUGGUAAGUUUAUGAGGAAGUUUUCGCUGCCUGAGAAUGCUAAUGUUGAAGCCAUUUCUGCUGUUUGCCAAGAUGGUGUUCUGACUGUCAAUGUGGAGAAGCUGCCGCCGCCUCAGCCAAAGAAGCCCAAGACUAUCGAGGUGAAGAUUGCUUAAGAGUUUAUGUGUGAUGUGGGUUGUUUUCUGAAUAAUUAGGGUGAUGGGUAUGAGUGAAAUGUAGGGGGAUUACCAGUGUGCUUUCCAUAUGAUGUUUUGUGUUUGUGGUCUUAUUUCUACUGUUGUCCAAUCGGAUGUAUUAUGAAUGGUUUCAUCUAUGAAGUUAUGUUUAAUCAUCUCCCUUCUCUUUU